AUGUCUGCAGGAGGUUUUGCCCGCCCCGUCACCAUCUACAACAGCGACUACGAUCUCUGGGAUGCAUGGCUCCAUAAAAUAUGCAAGUCCCUCUCUCCCACCCAAGGCAUACUAACGACUAACCGAACACACAUAGAUGAGGCCACGCAGCAGGAGAACUGGUUCAUGCCGCUCGAGGAGACCGUCGCGACAGGCGUCGCCCUGCGCGUCGACGACGGCUUCUUCCGCGUGUUCCCGUACGAGAACCCCGCGCUCGUCCCGUUCGAAGCGGCCGUGCGCAAGCUCAACCCCGUCGUCGCUGUCAAGAUACGCAACACGUCUGUCCAAGCUGCCAUCCGCAAAAUAGGCCCGAACGACGACUGUCUUUACAUUGAUAGUAACACCCGCAUCCAGAUCUUGGACAGCAUCGAUAUGCUCCCCUCUGCCGAGAAAGACCAGUGUGGCGCCUUUAUCCGCGACGAACGCGCCGUCGUCCUCUGGAGCUACAACCUCGAAACCAUCCUGCCCCUCUGCAAAGAAUUCGAAGAAAAGCUCAUCAAGCACAUAUGGCGCACGCGCGGGUCGGGCGUCGUAGCGCACCGCGCCUCCGCGCCGUCCGUCUCCGUCUCCGUCACCUCUUCCACCGGCGCGGGGACGAGACCGGUCACGGCGAACUCGACGACGACGUCGAUUGCUGUGAUCUCGCCUGAUGGGUCGCAGGUUGCCUUGAAUGAAAAGGAGGAGAAUGAGAAGGGAGGUGCGGAGGUGUCGGUCAAGUCUGUGCCGUCCAGCGAUACAGAUCUUACCAGCUCCAACAAGGAAGCCUCUUCUACCUCUGCCACCUCCGCCUCCACCUCCUCCCCCUCUACCUCCGCCACAGCCGCCACGGCGCCCGCAACGAACAAGCGCUCGUGGUGGAGCUGGAAGCUCCAGCCCAAAUCUUCCGCGCCUGCGAAAGCGGCGGGGGAGAGUGAUCCGGAAAAGGGCAGUGCGGGGAAGAGGAAGGAGCGCAAGCUUGUGCUUAUUGGUCCGAUUUAUGCUGGGUUGGGCGCUGCGAUGGCUGCUUAUUUCAUGACGGCAGGCUGUGCAGUCCUCCUCGAAGAAUACAGGCUCGACGGCGAUGCGACGCGCUUUGCGCUCGUUCUGACGUUACCGGUUAUAUACUGCGUCUCCAUCUUCUUCUGCUUGCAGCUUAUUGGGAAUAUAUGUCUAAUCCUCGGCCCCGUUGCUCAGUACCAUGAAAACUCGAUGUAUUACUCUGCCGUCAAACCGGAUCCGAACCCCGAAGUCGACAAUAAUCUCCCGCACAUCACUAUCCAGCUGCCUGUGUAUAAGGAGAGUCUUGAGUUGACUAUUGCGCCGUCGGUGUACUCUGUGAAGAAGGCUAUGCAGACAUAUGCGCGUCAAGGUGGUACAUCCGCGAUAUUCAUCUGCGACGACGGGUUACAGCUCAUCUCGGAGGCGGACCGGAAAGAGCGUAUUGCGUUCUACGCGAACCAUAAUAUCGGGUGGACCGCGCGGCCUGGGCACUCGAGUGCACCUGACGGGUUCAAGCGCGCGGGGAAAUUCAAGAAAGCUAGCAACAUGAACUACGGCCUCGCGCUCUCCCUCAAACUCGAAAAGUUCCUCGCGCAGCUCGAAGCGGAGGGCGCAGACGACACCGCCGACGAAUCCCUCGAAGACCGUGCGAUGAAGAUGGCGCAAGAGGAGAUCUACGCCGAGUCCGGGAAUAGGUGGAGGCCGUGGUGUGCGAAUGGGAAGUCGUUGAGGGUUGGAGAGAUCAUUUUGAUUAUUGAUGCGGAUACGAUUGUGCCCGAGGAUUGUUUUAGGGAUGCGGCGAGGGAGAUGUAUGAGAGUCCGGAUUGUGCGAUUAUUCAGCAUGAGAGUGAUGUCAUGCAAGUCGCACACCACUACUUCGAAAACGGUAUCACACACUUCACGCGGCGCAUCAACAAGUGCAUCUCCCUCGGCUGCGCCAACGGCGAAGUCGCGCCGUUCGUCGGACACAACGCCUUCCUGCGCUGGUCAGCCGUGCAGGACGCCGCCUUCGUCGACCCCGCCGACGGAAAGAAGAAGCAGUGGUCCGAGGCGAACGUCUCGGAGGACUUUGAUCUCGCGCUGAGGCUUUUGUUGAAGGGGUAUAACCUCCGAUGGGCGACGUAUUCGAAUGGGGGCUUCAAAGAGGGUGUGUCGUUGACGAUUGUGGAUGAGCUUGCGCGAUGGCAGAAGUAUGCUUAUGGUUGUAACGAGAUUAUUUUUAACCCUCUCAUUAAAUGGUGGAAGUGCGGUCCAAUCAGCCCCCAACUGCGCGGAUUCGUAUGGUCUGCAGCUCCCGUGCACUACAAGAUCGGUAUGAUGGCCUAUGGUAUAGCAGCCGCGACAGUCGGCUCUAUCCUCAACUACCUGAUCCUAGGCCUCGCACCGCAGCUCGACAGGUUCUACCUGCACUCGUUCGAGAUUCUCCUCGCGUGCACGGUCGUUUUUCCGGGUAUAGGGAAUGUGGGGUAUACCCUCCUUGAGUAUAGGCUCGGCCAGACGAAUAUGUUCGCGGCGAUGUUUGAGAAUUUGAGAUGGGUCCCUUUCUUGACUUGGGGGUCUACCGGAAAGGAAGUCGAGCUUUCGUCGUUCUGGAUCGAAGUCCCGCGUAUCUGGCAGCGCUUCAAGCUCUCCUUCAUCAUCUGCUUCAUGUGCAUCGCGAUGAUGGUCAUCUUCACGACCGACGUCGUCCCGUUCGAGUGGCAGAUCGCAGGGUGGAACUAUGCGCUCGUCAUCCCGCUCUCCCUCGUCGUCGGGUGCCAUAUCUUGCUUCCUAUUGUGCUCAACCCGUGGCUCAUGAUUUUCAGUUAUUAA